CUUUCCGGGCUACGAUGUUGCGCAGAAGGAGGAGCAGCAUAUCUCCGUGGUGGCCACCGUCAAGGAGAAGGACGGGGAUACCUACGCCAACGCGCUGCAGAGAGCCAUCAACUUGGUUCGAAAGGCCGAAGCUCGGACACGCAAGGCGAUGGCGGACAAGAAGUCCAGGAUGGUGCAAUGGAGCAACUGGGUCACGGAGCUCAAGAAGACCUAUGCCAAAGAGCGUGGCCGCUACCAGGCGGCGGUGGCUCGACACGAACGAGAAAUGGAGGAAGCCCUUGUCGAGCAAGAGUGUGCCAGAUCGAGUUUGAGGAAGGUUGCGGCAAGCAUGGAGGUGGACGCUGGACCGACCACACAGGAGGCCUUGGAUGUUGGUGCAGAGUUCGAAGCCAUCAUGCAAGAUGGCCUUGGUAUGGAGGACUAUCAGGAGUCCAACGAGGACAUCCUCCAGCGGACGCUGCAGCAUGGAGUUGCGAGAAGGGAGGCUGCAAGCAAACAGGGGACCUCUGCGGUCGGAGGUCGUUACUACUCCGCCUCCGCACAAGCCAGCACACCGCUGCAGGUGAGCCGGGCACAACUCCCUCGAGACACUCAGCCGCCGCUGCUUGGGGCAACCACUGCAUCGCCCGGACAAGCCCAAGUGGGCACGGACCCCUACAUGAUCAGCCACUGGAGUGCGAAAGAGGUUGUCUACACCGGACGGCUGCUGUGCGCCAAGCGUCUGGCCCUGGCAUCUGGAAGCCUGGAUGUGCCAGGACAGGAUAUUGCAAGAGGGCUCCCUGGCGCAGCCUCCGAAGAGGGGCAGCCUCCGGCCCCCACAGGAGGCGGUGGGCCUCCGCCGAUUCCAUCGGUGACUCCACAGCACCACAUUCUUUACGACGACGAGGAGGAGAAAGCGCCAUCGGAGUCGGAACUGGAAGCAUGGUACAACAGCCACUAUGGUAUCCAGGACCUUCAGACCUUGGAAUGA